UUUAGCGAGUAUGCCAAGCCUUCACGGCUUCUAGGGGUUGCAGAACCGAAACUCUGCACUGAGACAUCAUGGGAGCGAAGUAUUUCGUCUUCGUUCAAUGCAGGCGAUUGUGCUGCUCUCUACAAGGUAAAGCUACGGACAAGCAACAUGCAUGGGUCAGGUCAAUUGAGAUUAACUAGCGCGAGCCUGACUGAAGUUAAUGGUCCUCAACCUUGGUCGAGCAGAGUGGACGAAGAAACAACAGUUCCAUUUUCUGGUUUCCAUUAUGAAUUUGAUGCUGCUGACAUUUUGCUUGGAGAGAGAGAUGAUUUAUCUAUGGUAGAAAUUAGAUCUCGUCAGAUUUCCAAGCUAUCAGAUCCUCUCACCAUAUCAACUACAAGUUCUACUUCAUCAACUAGUAGCAAGAUCUCCAAUGAGGAAAGCAUGAGAGAAUAUGCAGAUUUGAAACUGUCAUCGCUAUCCUACGACGCAAUGCUUAUUCUCGGUGGUACACUGAUUUUGAACUUCUCAGCUGGCAAAAAUUCUGCUGUUGCAUUCCUGAUUGGAGGGAUGUGUGGUUUCUCCUACCUGUUGUUGCUGCAAAGGUCUGUGGGUGGAUUGGAAGCGGAGAGUUGUUAAGGGACCAGUAGUGGGUUUGGCUUUGGGGUUAGGACUGCCUUUAGCAGCCGCUCAAUAUGGGUUUGGAGAUAUUGAUCCUUCUCUAGUGUCUCCAAAGGAACUGGUAGUGGGAAUAUUGGGGUUUCUCGUGUGUAAAGUUGCUGUCUUGAUGGCUGCAUCUAGGCCUGUGAAGAGUGAUUGAUUCCAAGGGAAGUAAGUGAUGUAGUUUGCAGUUUCUGUGAGUUUAGCUUGCAAAGUUGGAAAAUUGCUGGUAGAGAACAGACUACAGAGUAUACGCAUAAUAUAGAACAGUUGUAGAUUUGUACAGAUAGUAAAUGCUCCUUAUAGAAAGUAAACUCGCUCUCGAUAUCAAA